AUGAUACUUAACUUCAGCCAACAUUAUGAGAGUCAUUUCAAGAAAGUAAUAACAAAUACAGAGAAGAUUCGAUUCAAAAUAUCUCAAUAUCGUAUUUUUGAAUAUAGUAAAGACCACGUUGAAACUAUUGCAGUCAGUGUUACAACGGGAACGCCACUAUUUGAUUAUUUUCCUAUAAUGAGAAAUGCUCAAGCCCAACUAUUAGUUCUGCUUCAGAAACCGCUGUAUGAUCGUGCAUUGCCGUUGAAAAAGGCUAAAUAUGUUAUGCAGUUGGUAAAGAACUAUGUUCCACCAAAUAAACUAUAUUUCUACAGGGCCCUUAAAAGUAAAGCUGUCGGACCAACAGAUGAUAUUUCUAGCGAAGACGACGAUGAUCAAGCUGAAGUUAACCUUUAA